AUGCGUCCUCACCUCCUCUCCUCCACCAUUGCCAUGCCCCCUUCCUCCUCCCUCCGAAAACCUGCCGCCGCUGCUGCCGCCAAACCCCUCCACCCCCCGUCGCAUCCCCCGAGUUGCCCCUCCCUCUGCCGGCAAUCACCCUCCGCCACCCUCGACCUCCUCAUCUUCUUUCUCGUCCUCUUCUCCGGCGCCUUCCUCGUCGCCUCCUACCUCUCCUACCUCCUCCGAUCCCUCUCCCUCCUCCUACCUCCUUUCUCAGCCCUAAUCGCCCAAUCCUGCCGCCACCUGAUCUCCUACCCGCCCCAACCCAACCUCCUCCUCCCCGCCCUCUUCCUCCUCUCCCUGGCCGCCUUCGCCGCCGCCCUCGAGAUUUGCUGCGGCCGUCGGCCGCGGAGGUGCGGGCGGAGCGGGUGCAGGGGCCUGAACAGGUCGAUCGAGUUCGAUUUGCAGCUGCAGGGGGAGGAGCUGCUGGUGUUGGGGGAGAGGAGCAAAGCCGUGAGGGAUGUGAACGCGCUGCCGUGGAAAGGGGGCAGCGAGGAUAACCCGGACUAUGAGUGCCUGCGGGUCGAGCUGCGGAAAAUGGCGCCGCCCAACGGGCGGGCCGUGCUGCUCUUCUGCCUGAGGUGCGGGUGCCCGGUGUCGAAGCUCGAGGGGAGGGGGCCCACUAAACGUGGACGGCGUCACAAGAAGAAUUUGGCUCUUACGGGUGUUCGCUAG